GAGCGAUGACAGCGGCUGUCAGUUAUACUUCCUGUUUUGUUUCUCCCCAUGUCAGAUUUUUGUCCAUGAUUCCUAGAGAUUCCUGAAGAAACCAGACAAUCCAUCCACUAUGAAGGUGAUUGUGAAGGAGCUGAAUGGGAAAGGAUGCGAUAUUGAGAUCUCGGAGACGAGCACAGUCCAAGAAUUGAAAGUGAGGAUUGCCGAGAGCAUGAACAUUCCAGUCAGUCAUCAGAGACUCCUUCGCAUGGGAUUCACACUGGCCAACAACCGGACACUGCAGUCUUACGAUGUCAAGGAGGGCACAAAGCUGAUGUUGCUGACUAAGAAACCAGAUACUCUGGAGGAAGUAAUGCACAAGAGCUUCCUCAAGUACUACACAAGUGAUCAGGCGGACAGACUGACGAGCGCCUUCAUGGCGGACUUCUCAAAGCGAAUGUCCCAACUGAGCCUAGACGACAUUGAACAACUGGCCUCGGUUUAUCUGCAGCAGGAGGUGUCCCAAUAAAUCUCGCUCUCAAUUCUCUCAA